AAAACAAAGAAGAAUAAUAUGAAAACUACUCAAAGAUCGUCGGUUCGAACAACAUCGGCAGCAUAUCAACGCAAGCUAAAACCGGAGCCAAUACCGGCGGCGAAGAACUUCAUCAAGAUCAUUCUCCUCUCAACAAUCAAGGAAAAAAUGAUGAAAAUUCCGGAUAGAUUUGUGAGAUUAGGUCCUAAACUCUCUGACGUUGUGACAAUCCAGACUCCUGCGGGUUUCAAGCGUUCGAUUAGGAUAAAACGAAUCGGUGAUGAGGUUUGGUUCGAAAAUGGUUGGAGUGAGUUUGCAGAGGCUCAUUCCAUAAGUAAAGGUCAUCUUCUGUAUUUUCAUUACAAAGGGGAUUCAAGUUUCCUUGUUAUGAUCUUUGAUGUUUCUGCUUCUGAGAUUGCUUAUCCACUGGACAAAGUUAUUGUCAUUGAGAGUGAUGAUGAUGAUGAAGAAGUGAUGGAAGUUAUGGAUGUUGAUGAAGAAGAAGAAGAAGAAGAUGAAGGGUUUACUAGAAUUGAAAUAAGUGAUGAUGAUUCGUGUGGAGUAAUUGAUUUAGAAGAAUUGUUGAAGAAGAACCCAAGAGUCAACAACAUCAAGAAGACGAUUACAAUUGAUGAUGUUGAAGAGAUUGAUUCAAUGGAUGAGAUUGAAGAAGACAAUACAGCCUUGAAGAGCAAGAAG